AUUGCCUUCCGCGGCGGAUGAAUGGAGGAAGGAGCCGAGCGAGGAAAAGCGGAUUGCGAUGUAGAGGGGAGGCUGGUGAGUACGCAGCAGUGGAGGGAGCCAGCCUUUCUCCUCUCUGGGGGUUCUGCGCUUUCUGACAGCUGGAUGGCAGGCAGAAAUCCAACAGGGGAAGCUUUUCUCUUCCUCUUUUUCUUCUUCCAACUGCUCCCUUGGCGUUCAAGUUUCUCCCCGCAAAAUCAGCCGCUGAAGCCAGGGAAUAAAAGAGGAAAGCGCCAAGAACAAAGAAGCCACCAAGGCUUUCAAACACUUAAGCAAAAUAUUAUUAAAUAAAUUUAUUACUUAUACCCCGCCCAUCUGGCCGGGCCUCCCCAGCCACUCUGGGCGGCUUCCAACAAAAUAGGGAAAACACAAUCAAAUAUCAAACAUUUAAAAACUUCCCUAAAAGAGAACGUCGCUUUGCUGUUAGGCAAACGGAGGCGCAAGCAGGGAUGGCCCCGUGCAAACCGAGGAAAGGACUCCCACGCCUUUUUAAAUGAUGCAGAAGAGGGGGUUUCAGCAGGGUAGAGCUUUGCCCGAAAUUUUGUUGCUGUGCACUUACCCUCCAAAAUGAAAGGUUGGGCUUCAGUUUGAAGAUCUGGUUUUGGGGGGCCCAGCUGUUUUUUUCUGUGUCCCCGAUUUUGAUAGCAGUGGCAUGUACAGUAUGUAUGCAUGUGUUUUAUAUACAGUGGUACCUCAGGGUAAGUCCUUAAUUCGUUCUGGAGGUCCGUUCUUAACCUGAAACUGUUCUUAACCUGAAGCACCGCUUUAGCUAAUGGGGCCUCCUGCUGCCGCCGCACCGCCAGAGCACGAUUUCUGUUCUUAUCCUGAAGCAAAGUUCUUAACCCAAGAUGCUAUUUCUGGGUUAAUGGAGUCUGUAACCUGAAGCGUAUGUAACCCAAGGUACCACUGUAUUGCUCUCUCAUGGCCAACAAGCUUUAAAAGGCGAUCAGGCAAGAUAAGGCUACCAGUGGUUGCUGCCACAAUGGUGAUCCUCGACCUUGCUGUUAGGAGGCAGCCUGUGCCCCUUCCACUUCUAAAUUUGUAACCGUAUUUAAUUUUUGUCUUUUUUUCAUUUGCCAAGCCAACAAUUUCCCACAUUUAUUAGCCGACUCAAAGGUCUUUUGUCUCAUUUGUUUGAUUUUCCAUUCUAUCUCCUGAUUCAUCAUUUUCAUGUAUUGUACUUGAUGUAACUUUAAUUCUCUCAAAAUCUCUUGCGAUUUUGGUUUUGCUCUCAAUUUCUUUUCAGUUUCUUUUAUUUUCUCCAAUAUUUUAUCCUUCUUCUCAUUUUGGAUUCUCUUCUUUAAUGCGUUCUGUUGUAUCAAGAACCCUCUCAUAACAGCUUUGCUUGCGUCCCAGAUUACUCUUUUUUCCACAUUGGUAUUCAUAUUUAUCUCAAAAUAAUCUCUCAAGGUUUUUUGGGCCUUCUUAACCACUUCUUCAUCUCUGAAUAAGGUGUCAUUCAUCCUCCAUCUGAAGGAACCAGUUGGUAUUAGUUUCAUCUCCAUCUUCACAGCAUUAUGGUCGGAGCAGGUUUUUGGGCAGAUUUCCACUUUUCUUGUCUUUGGUGCCAUUCCUCUAGUUACCCAUAUUUGGUCAAUUCUUGUCCAUGUCAGUUUGGCUUCAGAGAAGAAGGUUCCCUCUCUGGCCAAGGGAUUCUUUGUUCUCCAGAUAUCAACUAAGUCCAAGUUGUCUGUCAUCUCAAAAAAGGUUUUCGGUAGUCUGCCGUCCUUAGUGACUACCUGUCUUUGUGCCUUGUCCAUAUGCAUAGAUACCACUCCAUUCAUGUCUCCCAUCAAAAUCACAUUAUAAUCCAAAUAGUCCAUCAAGGUCUCAUACAACUUUUUAAAGAAUUCAGAUUUCCCCUCGUUUGGUGCAUAAACUCCUACUAUCAAAAAUUUCUCUCCUUGUGUUUGAAUUUCAAUUGCCACAAAUCUUCCCUGGUCAUCUUUGAAGAUAAAUUUCGGUAAUAGUCUCUCCUUUGCAUAAAUCACUACCCCUCUUUUUUUAACCUUGUCCGAAGAAAUAAACUCCUGGCCCAGUCUUUUGUUGAUCAAUACUUUCCUGUGUAGCCUUGUUACAUGUGUUUCCUGUAAACAAAUCAAAUCCAAUUGUUCCUUUUUUAAUAACUGAAAUACAGUUUUCCUUUUCUGAGGGGAGUUGAGACCAUUACAAUUCCAACUUAAUAGUUGCAGAGCCAUGAUGUAGUUACUUUACUUCUCCUCCAACUGCACCAAGUGCCUGUUCCUGUUCUGUCAGUGGUAUCACCUUCUCCAGGUGGUCUUUUAAUUCAGGAGGUAAUCUUGGUAUGUCUAAAAUUCCUCCUUCUAGUGCUCUUAACUCUUCUCCAGCUUCUUUCUGCAGGUCUUCUCCGUGGUCUCUCAAAAAUCUUUCUUUGUCGUCCUCUGAUCUUAUUUUUAUCUUUCUCCCUUUGUAGCUAAAGGAUAGGCCUUGGGGGAAUGCCCACCUAAAGAUGAUUCCGUUGCUUCUCAGCAGGGCGACCAACUCUCUACAAUUGGACCUAAGGUCCAGAAGAUAUUUUGGAAUGUCCUUAAAUAUCUCCACUCUUGACUGAUGUAUUUCCAAAGUCUUCUGAAAGUGCAGACUCAAGAUUUUAUCUCUCUCCUCUUUUGUUCGGAGGGUGAUCAAACAGUCUCUCACCCUGUUCUUCUUCCCUCCUCUUCCAAGCCUAAAAGCACUCACUAUCUUAAAAGGACCAGUGGUCCAGGGAUGCUGGGAAUUGUAGUCCCAAAACAUCUGGAGGGCCAAGUUUGGGGGUGCCUGGACUAUGUGCAAGUGUGGAAUAUGUAACCCAGGAUGGUGGCCAGGGGUGAAUCAGCCUUUCAGGCCCCCUCCCCAAAGGUCUGCCAACCAUGAUGACUCUCCUCUUUUUGCAAAUUGGCACCAGUUCCCAAAGUCACACCCGCACCAUACUGUUUAUCUGGUGAGCCGGUGAGCAUCACUGCACACCAGGCCAAAUCCUGACCAAAACACCAACAUUCAUUGGAUUCUGAUCAAGGUUUGAUUUUGUUGUAGCAGCCCAGUGGAAUAGAGACACUCUGGGCGGCUCCCAAUCAGUGUUAAAAACAGUACAGCGUUACAUAUUAAAAACUUCCCUGAACAGGGCUGCCUUAAGAUGUCUUCUGAAUGUCAGGUAAUUAUUUAUCUCUUUGACAUCUGAUGGGAGGGCGUUCCACAGGGCGGGUGCCACUACCGAGAAGGCCCUCUGUCUGGUUCCCUGUAGCCUCACUUCUCGCAAUGAGGGAACCGCCAGAAGGCCCUCGGCGCUCGAUCUCAGUGUCCGGGCUGAACGAUAGGGGUGGAGACGCUCCUUCAGGUAUACAGGACCGAGGCCGUUUAGGGCUUUAAAGGUCAGCACCAACACUUUGAAUCGUGCUCGGAAACGUACUGGGAGCCAAUGCAGAUCUCUCAGAACCGGUGUUAUGUGGUCCCGGCGGCCACUCCCAGUCACCAGUCUAGCUGCCGCAUUCUGGAUUAAUUGCAGUUUCCGGGUCACCUUCAAAGGUAGCCCCACGUAGAGCGCGUUGCAGUAGUCCAAGCGUGAGAUAACUAGAGCAUGCACCACUCCGGCGAGACAGUUCGCGGGCAGGGUAGGGUCUUAGCCUGCGUACCAGGUGGAGCUGGUAGACAGCUGCCCUGGACACAGAGUUAACCUGUGCCUCCAUAGACAGCUGUGAGUCCAAAAUGACUCCCAGGCUGCACACCUGGUCCUUCAAGGGCACAGUUACCCCAUUCAAGACCAGGGAAUCCCCCACACCAACCCGCUCCCUGUCCCCCAAAAACAGUACUUCUGUCUUGUCAGGAUUCAACCUCAAUCUGUUAGCCGCCAUCCAUCCUCCAACCACCUCCAGGCACUCACACAGGACCUUCACCGCCUUCACUGGUUCUGAUUUAAAGGAGAGGUAGAGCUGGGUGUCAUCUGCAUACUGAUGAACACCCAGUCCAAACCCCCUGAUGAUCUCUCCCAGUGGCUUCAUAUAGAUAUUAAAAAGCAUGGGGGAGAGGACAGAACCCUGAGGCACCCCACAAGUGAGAGCCCAGGGGUCUGAACACUCAUCCCCCACCACCAGUUUCUGGACACGGCUGAGGAGGAAGGAGCGGAACCACUGUAUGACAGUGCCCCCAGCUCCCAGCCCCUCUAGACGGUCCAGAAGGAUGUUAUGGUCGAUGGUGUCAAAGGCCGCUGAGAGAUCCAGCAGAACUAGGAAACAGCUCUCACCUUUGUCCCUAGCCCGCCGGAGAUCAUCAACCAGCGCGACCAAGGCAGUUUCAGUCCCAUGGUGAGGCCUGAAUCCCGAUUGGAAGGGAUCCAAAUGGUCUGUUUCCUCCAGGCGUGCUUGGAGUUGUUCAGCAACCACCCGCUCAAUCACCUUGCCCAAGAAUGGCAGAUUUGAGACUGGGCGAUAGUUGGCCAAAUUGGCCGGGUCUAAAGAUGUUUUUUUAAGAAGCUGUUUAAUGACCGCCUCUUUCAGCGGGUCUGGGAAGGCUCCCUCACAGAGGGAAGCAUUCACCACCCCGCAGAGCCCAUCGCCCAGCCCUUCCCGGCUCGCUUUUAUCAGCCAGGAUGGGCAAGGAUCAAGGAGACAGGUGGUCGGUUUCACUUGUCCAAGCAGCCUGUCCACAUCCUCGGAGGUAACAACCUUUUCUGUCUCGGUGAAGUCAGACCACUGCGUUAGCAGUACCAAAGUAACCUCUCCGGGGUUCAAGUCUGGGCAGUGUGUCUGGAGGUCCUGGGCUGCCCAGACAACAAGACCCCCCUCAGCCUCGCUGAUGUGGUCGAAAGGAAAGCAGAGCAACACAUUUGACACCUUCGGGACUGCAGGAGUUGCAGGACAGAGCUGUGCAGUCAUACCUCUUGUUACGUUUGCUUCAGGUUAAUUUUUUUCAUUACUGGAAAAGGUUACUUCCGGGUUUCGCCGCUCGCGCAUGCGCAGACGCUCAAAAUGACGUCACGUGCAGAAGCGGCGAAUCGCAGCACGCGCAGACGCGGGUUGCAUUCUGCUCAUGUUGCGAACGGGGCUUCGGAACGGAUCCCGUUCGCAACCAGAGGUACCACUGUACAAGACACCAUCCAACUGUCUUAGGGACUCCAGAUUUGUGUAGGGUUUACUUCUGAGCCUUUUUUCCCCCCGAAGAUAUCCUUCAAGGCAGUGGGGACUUAGGAUCUGAGUUUCCCUUCUCCUAGAUGGGCUUCCUUCCUGGUUGGACAAUCCCCAUCUGCCCCUCACUUCCCUCUACAGCACAUGCAGAAACUGCCUUCUUGACCAUUGGACCCAUGAUUAGUCUCGUCCGCUCAAUCUGCCAGAGCCUGUCUGCGCAUGCAGGGAAAGUUCCUAAUUCACUGAGGGUUUGAGGCCCAUCGGCUGCCCUCACCUGGUUUAGAUGGCUAUUCGAAGCCGUUCCCUGGGAUUGUGGCUGCUGUCGCAUGCUGACAGCUUCUAGGAGCCACAGGUGAGAGUUGAGUGCAGGUGGGGACCAGAGGUGCACAAACUGCCCCAGAAGGAGCGCAAUGUGUCCCCCACCAGAGUCCCCACCCCUCUCCUGAAGCUUGCACAACGGGGGGGAAAACCCAUAGACUAUUGAAUGUAAUACAGGUGGUUCUAAACCGAGGGUGAGGUGAGAUCAGGCCCUGCCAGGAAGGCUUAACGUGGGCUUCUCUGUCUGGCCCUUCCCAGGCCACACUUCUCACUGGUCAUGUUCUGAACCUCCCAUCUGGAAUGUGCCACAAAAUUCUGAAAAUGCCUCUUUCUUUCCUGGAUGGCAGGCGAGCGUGUAGGUGUCAAAAUCUCUGGGUUCUUGCAGGGCUGGAAUGUGCCCUGCUCUUCAAAGGAAAGAGUUGCCUCCUUUGCCACACCCAUUUUUUACUUUGGCCACGCCCACUUCUGUCAUGGGAGGACCCCUUUCCCGGAAGCCAGCCUGCCUGCCUGUCAGAGAAUGUGAAACCUCAGUCUGGAGAUAAUAAUAACAAAUAAAAGAUGGUUCCCUAGUGCUGCUGCUCUAAUCCAAGGUUUCCUAGCGCUGCACUGAGCUGCAAUUCAGCCACGUUUCCAAACAAGAAUAUUAAUUUGGCAAUGAAGCAAAUGAACCAGAGUCUGCCCAUGGCUCCCAAGGUUCUGGCAAAAUGUUUCUAGCAACUCUGGCAGGUGUGGAGCAGCAGGAAAUUUGUGCAGGCUUUGCCUUGGCUAUCCUUUCUCUUUUCCUUGGCAUUCAGAAGCGUUUCUGCCUUCCAUUGUGGAGGCAGAGUUAGUGGCCGUUCAUAGCCAUACCUUCCAUGAACUUGCCUGAUUUCCUUUUGUAGCCAUAAAUCAUCAUUGGGAGCGGAUAACAUGGUUUAACGCUAUUCUUUUGCCUUUUCUGAAUCUCCCAAACUCCUCCUUCGCAUGUCUGCAAUUUCUAGUAUUAUGAGAGAGAGAAAUCUUUUAUAGAAUUGCAGAAUUGGAAGGGACCCCAAGGGUCAUCUAGUGCCACCCCCUGCAAUGCAGGAAUCUCAGCUAAAGCAUCCAGGACAGAUGGCCAUCCAACCUCCGCUUAAAAACCUCCAAAGAAGGAGAGUCCACAACCGUGCAUAAUUUUCUACUCCUCUGACAAUCUCCCAUGCCCAUGCUCAGAAUCUAAUUUGAAGUUUAUAUAGAGACCUAUACAUUUAUAAGGUUUUUAAAAUCAGUAUCAGGUGUGAAAGAACCUGUGACCCUCCAGCUGAUGCUGAAUUCGAACUCCCAUCAUCCCUAGCUACUGGCCGUGUUUGCCAGGGCUGAUAGGAUUUAAAGUUCAGCAACAUCUGGAGGGCCAAAAGUUCCCCACUCCUGAUCUGUGUCUUGCUCCACAUCCUCUUUCCUGGCCUACUUCACAGGGUUGUUGCGAGGACAAAAUGGAGAGGGGAAGAACCAUGUCACUGCCUUGAGCUUUUUGGAAGAAAGGAGGGGUAUAAAUGCAAGAUCAUAUUAGUUAUUCUCAUUUCUGGUUUACUUCUCUCCCAUCCCAGAGAGAGCCCUUUCCGCUCAUCUGGAACGUCUACCUAUCUAAACGUUAGCCAAGAAGAAGACCUGAUUCAUCUCUGCUGCCUGUUGAAUGACACCUAUCCACCUUAACAUGGCAAACUGGAUCUAAGGAGAGGCUGGAUAUUUGUUCCGACUUUCAGCGAGGAAGCGAGAAGUUCUCUGGGAUAAAGAGGGAGACUGAACUCGGAUGAGGCCAUUCUGGGCCCGAGACAAGAUGGCCGUCAGGGAAGGGACACAGUCUGGCUUUGGCCUGCGGUUCCACGCAGAGCUUGAGCAAGGAGUCCCCCAGCAGAUCAAAAUGGAGGAGGAGGAUACCUCAGAUUCCACCUCGGGGGAAGGGUUGGAAGAAACCCCUUACAUCAUCCAGGCCGGAAGCAUCCGCAAAUUCCUGCAGAGGCCUCCCGGAGACCAGGAAACUGGCAACGGGCUGCUUUGGGAAACCCAGUGGCAGGACUUUCUGAAGACCCUAGAAUACCCACCACAGAUCCUCGAGGAACCCACCCCGUGGGACAACACCAAGUCUUUCCUGGCCUCCUUUGAGCAAGUGGCUGAAGCGUGCCGGUGGCCCCGAGAUGACUGGAUGGUCCAUCUUCUGCCAGCCCUCAGUGGGGAAGCUGAGCAGAUCUUCAGCAACCUGGACACCAGAGACAGGAUUAACUACGACAAGGUCAAGGCGGCCAUCUUGCGUGGGGAUGCCAUCAUCAGGGAGAGGCAGCGCCAGAACUUCCGCCGCUUCUGCUACCAGGAGGCCGAGGGGCCAAGAGGCGUUUACGGGCGGCUCCAGCAGCUGUGCGGUCAGUGGCUGAAGGUGGAGAGGCACUCCAAGGAGCAGAUCCUGGAGCUGCUGAUCCUGGAGCAGUUCCUGAGCAUCCUGCCGCCCGAGAUGCAGAGCUGGGUCGGGGAACAUGGGCCGGAGACCUGCUCCCAGGCGGUGGCCCUGGCUGAGGACUUCCUGCAGAGGGCGUAUGCUGGAGAGAGUUGGGAAGCGCAGGUGAGAGUCUAGAUUUUCCAGCUUUGACUUAGGUAAGUUUCUCUCUUCAAGGUUACACCCCUGCUCUCAACAGCAAUGCCUGAUGAGGUUGUUCAGGUAUGAUGAAAGCAGACAAAUAUCCUAGGCAGAGGAGAUGGGGGUUGCUUGCUCUGCAACAAAAAGUUGCAGCAUGGUUUGUUCCUUGUUCAGGUUUCUAGACCUCUUUUCCACUGCGUUUUUUGGGGGGUGGGCAGUGAUUCACUGUAUUUACCGUAUUUUUCGCUCUAUAGGACGCACCGGACCAUAGGACACACCGGACUAUAGGAGGGGGAGAAUAGGAAGAAAAAAAAUUCUCCCCCUCUCUGCUCAGCGCCCCUUCAGCGAAGCGUCAGGAGAAACGGAGCACCUUCCAUUUCUCCUCCCGCUUCACUGAAGGGGCGCUGCACAGAGAGGGAAAACUGUGCAGCGCCACUCCAGCGAACCGAAGCCUGGAGAGCAAGAGGGAUCGGUGUGCACCGACCCCUCUCGCUCUCCAGGCUUCAGGCAGCUAUCCGCAAGCCUUCGGAGCGCUGCGGGAACCCCUGCUGCACUCCGAAGGCUUGCGGAUAGCUGCCUGAAGCCCCCGGAGCGCAGCGGGAGUUCUCUGCGCUCCGGGGGCUUCAGGUGGCUUCAGCGAUAGCAACGCGAAGCCUCCGGAGUGCGGGGAGCUCUCCUCUGCGCUUCGGCGGCUUCGCAUUGCUAUCGCUGAAGCCAAGGAGCCUGCAUUCGCUCCAUAGGACGCAUACACAUUUCCCUUUCAUUUUUGGAGGGGGGAAAGUGCGUCCUAUAGAGCAAAAAAUAUGGUACUUACCGUAUUUUUCGCACCAUAGGACGCACUUUUUCCCUCCUAAAAAGCAAGGGAAAAUGUCUGUGCGUCCUAUGGAGCGAAUGCAGGGGGGAGGCAGGCGGGAAAAGCCCCCAAGAGCCGCACACAAGCUCCAUACGCUCUUGCGGGCUUUUCCACAGGAGGGAGAAGGGACUGACUGGCCGCAUCAGUCCCUUCUCCCACCUCCCAGAAAAGCCAGGAGAAGCCACGAUCUCUUUAAAGGGGUUGCGUGGCUUCUGCGGGCUUUUGGGAGAGGUGAGGGAAUCCCCCCCACCUCCCAGGAAAGCCAGGAGAAGCCGUGCAGCCCUUUUAAAGUGCGCGUGGCUUCUGCCGGUUUUGCGAGAGAUGGGGGAAUUCCCACACUUCCCAGAAAAGCCAGGAGAAGCCGUGAUCUCUUUAAAGGGGUUGUGUGGCUUCUGCGGGCUUUUGGGAGAGGUGAGGGAAUCCCCCCCACCUCCCAGAAAAGCCAGGAGAAGCCGGCAAGGAGAGGCUGCACGGGGCUAUGGAUUCUUUAGCCCCACGCAGCCUCUCCCUGCCGGAGGGGUUGCGCACAGCCAUGGAGCAAGCCAAGGCAGCGAGCAGGAUGGAUCCCGCUCACUGUUUUGGCUUCCCCUUUAGCCCCGUUCAGCCUCUCCUUGCCAGGAGACGCUGCGCAGGGCUUCUCCUGGCUUUCCUGGGAGGUGGUUGGAUUCCCUUUUAAAGUGCGCGCGGCUUCUGCCAGUUUUGCGGGAGGUGGGGGAAUUCCCACACUUCCCAGAAAAGCCAGGAGAAGCCGUGAUCUCUUUAAAGGGGUUGCGUGGCUUCUGCGGGCUUUUGGGAGAGGUGAGGGAAUCCCCCCCACCUCCCAGGAAAGCCAGGAGAAGCCGUGCAGCCCUUUUAAAGUGCGCGUGGCUUCUGCCGGUUUUGCGAGAGAUGGGGGAAUUCCCACACUUCCCAGAAAAGCCAGGAGAAGCCGUGAUCUCUUUAAAGGGGUUGCGUGGCUUCUGCGGGCUUUUGGGAGAGGUGAGGGAAUCCCCCCCACCUCCCAGGAAAGCCAGGAGAAGCCGUGCAGCCCUUUUAAAGUGCGCGUGGCUUCUGCGGGCUUUUGGGAGAGGUGAGGGAAUCCAACCACCUCCCAGGAAAGCCAGGAGAAGCCCUGCGCAGCGUCUCCCGGCAAGGAGAGGUUGCGCGGGGCUAAAGAGGAAGCCAAAACAGCGAGCGGGAUCCAUCCUGCUUGCUGCCUUGGCUUGUGCCAUAGCCGCGCGCAACCCCUCCGGCAGGGAGAGGUUGUGCGCAGCCUGUACGCUGCUCUUUGGGGCUGGGGGGGGAAGAGUUUUUUUCUUGAUUUCCCCCCCUAAAAACUGGGUGCGCCCUAUGGUCCGGUGCGCCCUAUGGUGCGAAAAAUACGGUAUUACCUUCAUAGACCACCUUUUCCUCCAAGGAGCUCAAGGUUCUCCCCUCCCUAUUUUAUCCUCACAGCUACCCCUGUGAGGUAGGUAGACUGAGAGACAGGGAUUGGUCUCAGGUCGGCCAGUGAGUUGCAUGGCUGCAUUUGAACCCUGGUCUCUCUCACUGACUACUACACCACACCGGCUCUCCCAGUAUAUUUAGAAACCUUUAUAUGGACAAACCUUGGAAUUAUGCUCUAAAAGUAAAGAGUCUUGAUAAAGUUGUCCAUUUAACUCAGUUUGGUUGGCCAGAAAGGCUUAGCCUGUCAGGCAUGUGUACCAAGAAAUGUCGUAAAAAUAAAGAGCAAAUAAAACCAUGAAACAUGCACCAGGAAACAGCAUAAACACGCUCUUAAGAGUUCAAGGAAUUUAAGAGAAGUAAGCAAGUUUGUAGAGUAAAAGAUGAGGCAUGGGGCACGUGAGGAAGGAAGUGAGCUAAUAUCCAGGGCUUUCUUCAGCUGGAACUCAGUUUCGACACCUCUCAGGCAGGAGCCAUUGCCAUUCUAAGAGAAUGAGGGAGGUGUUUGUGGUGAGUUCCCACAUCUCUUUUUCUAGAAAAAUAGCACUGGUUAGAUCAAUAUUGGAAGGGAUAUUGGCAUAAAAAUCCUAAAAGAGGUUCCAUGUUAGUGUGUGAAGGCCAUGACUGCUUGAACAAGGCAGGUGUCCCUUUGGCCCCACAGCACCAGCUGAGGAGGAGGCCUCACUCUGCCCAACGGGAGAGCCAAUCCCUCCAGGCUACACUGGGGCACAAUCUGCAUCACUUUCCCAUGGCCGCCACCCCUCACGACCUCCGCUCCCAAAUCCUUCCUUGAAGGGGGAUCUUAUCUUUCUUUUCUAGGGCAACCCAGUCAGAUGGGUGGGGCAAAAGAAUAUUAUUAUUAUUAUUAAGGAUUUGCUGAACCAACAAAGGAUUUGCUGAACCAACAAACUGAAUUGGAAUACAAAGAAGGGAGGUACGAGGAGGUCUGGGGAAAUAAGAGUAAGGAAGAUAGGUUAUGGAACAUUAGUGUGUUUUUAACUGUUUUAUUUUGUAUGUUUUUUCUUACUUUUUGCUUUUUUUGCUGUAAUUUAUACUUUUUUCUUUGUUUUCUGUAUUUUUGUGAAACUUUAAUAAAUAUCAUUUAAAAAAAAAUAUUAUUAUUAUUAUUAUUAUAUUUAUUAUUUAUUAUUUAUUAUUUAAUUUAUUAAUUUAUUUUUUAUUUUAUUUAUUUCAGGAGUUGGGACCAAUUGAGGAGGUCGCUCUGGAUUUCUCUGAGGAAGAAGAGACCCCACUGAAUGGGGAGCGGAGCCUUGGUUACACAGAGGCCGGUAGGGAGGAUGACGACAGCGACGCCACCUCACUAGGUGAGGAUGACUGUUUAUUUUCACUUAAAAACAACACCAAUGGCUUCUCUUCAGCAAACUGAGUCUGGCCAACAGUAAAACCAUGGGCUAGGCCCCGUCCUAGUCCUCCUCAGAAUAGGCCCGUUACACUUAAUGGGCAUGACUGACUUAGGUUCACUAAUUGCAGUGGGUCUAAAGGUAAAGGUAAAGGGACCCCUGACCAUUAGGUCCAGUCAUGACCGACUCUGGGGUUGCGGCACUCAUCUCGCUUUACUGGCCAAGGGAGCCGGCGUACAGCUUCCGGGUCAUGUGGCCAGCAUGACUAAGCCACUUCUGGCGAACCAGAGCAGCGCACGGAAAUGCCGUUUACCUUCCUGCCGGAGCGGUACCUAUUUAUCUACUUGCACUUUGACGUGCUUUCGAACUGCUAGGUUGGCAGGAGCUGGGACCAGACAACGGGAGCUCACCCCGUCAUGGGGAUUCGAACUGCCAACCUUCUGAUCGGCAAGCCCUAGGCUCUGUGGUUUAACCCACAGCACCACCCGUGUCCCUGCAGUGGGUCUACUCUGUGUCUACUCCUUAAAAUGUAUAAUAACCAAUUGCUGUAAAAACAACGGCAGCGGUUGACCAUUGCAGUGGUCACGGAAACAAACAAAACGCAAACAGGUGGCAGUAAGCAAGCGUCAGGAUAGGAAGGAGCUAUUUCUGCUGCCGCUGCCACCCACUCCCCAUCAUUGCGGGGGGUUGGACUAGAUGACCCUUGGCUCCCUUCCAACUCUUAAGAUGCUAUGAUUCUACAUCCAGACCUGCUGGAUAGCUCAGUUGGUUAGAGCGUGGCGCUGAUAAUGCCAAGGCCUCAGGUUCAAUCCCAGUAAGGAACGGCUGCAUAUUUCUGCAUUUCAGGGGGUUGGACUAGAUCACGGGUGUCAAACACAAGGCCCGCGGGCCGAAUCCGGCCCGCCAGACCUCGUCAUGUGGCCCGUGUAGCCGCCGCCGGCCGCCAGCCUUCACCUUUUAUUCUCGCUUUUUUUUUUUUGACACAAGAAAGCCUCCUCUUCAGCGCAUGGCAUGCACGGCAGCCUACAAGCCAGAGAACGUCUGCCCUCUAGCGGCGCCGGCCGUUCUACACAGGAAACCUCCACUUUACAUGUCCUUUACAUAGUCCUACAGAUACAACCGGCCCUUUGAGGGUGACCAAAGUGCUGAUGCGGCCCCCGAUGAAUUUGAGUUUGACACCCCGGACUAGAUGAUCCUCAGGGUCCCUUCCAACUUUAUGAUUCCAUGAAAACAGCAGUAGCAAGUAACCAAGGACUAGGAAACAUGUAAAAUAAAUUAAACAAAGGAGAAUUAAAAUAAAAAAAUCUAUGUGACUUUCUCAAGGAUUUCUCUCCGUCUCUGAACGGGCCUUCUCUGCAGUGGCUCCUCGUCUGUGCAACAAAGUUCGCCUUUGUUUGAUUUGAUUGACCUCCUAUGCCCUUUUAAAAUGUGGGGGGUUUUGGGGGGGGUAUUUUGAUUAUUGAUUUUGUGGUUUUAUAUUUUAGUCUGUAAACCGCCCUGAGACCUGCAGGUAUAGGGCGGUAUAUAAAUUCAGUUAAUAAUAGUAGUAAUAGUAGAAUGGUAGAAUAGUUCUACCAUUGGCCCAUCUAUCCCAGCAUCCUGUUCUCACAGUGGCCAACCAGAUGACCCAGUGAGAAGCCUGCAAACAGGGCCUGUGUGGAACAGCACCCUGCCCAUUUCCGAUUCUUAGCAACUGGUACUCAGAGGGGGAGCACGACCUUCUCUGCUAGUAGCUGUUGAUAGCCUUAUCUUGUGGUUUAACAGUCAAUUCCUCCAAUCAGGGAACUCUGGGAAUCAUAGCUUUUGGGAGGGGGGCAGGGGUGCCUCCUAGCAACUCUCAGCACCCUGGAAAAAUUACACCUCCCAGGAUUCUCUGUGGGCAGCCAUGACGGUUUAAAGUGGUGUGAUACUGCUUUAAAUGUGUGGCGCACGUGGGGACUGAGACAGAGUGAACAAGAGAGAAGCACAAGUAUUUGGGCUUGCAUUCUUCCUUCUUUCUUUCCCCAGCCACUCUGGGCGGCUCCCAACAGAAUAUUAAAAACACAAUAAAACAUCAAACAUUAAUUACUUCCCUGUACAGGGUUGCCUUCAGAUGUCUUCUAAAAGUCAGAUAGUUGUUUAUUUCCUUGACAUCUGAUGGGAGGGCAUUCACAGGGUGGGUGCCAACACCAAGAAGGCCCUCUGCCUGGUUCCCUAUAACCUCACUUCUUGCAGUGAGGGAACCGCCAGAAGGCCCUCGGAGCUGGACCUCAGCGUCAUGAGAUGUUUCAUGAGUGUAGUGGCUAUUGACUUUUGACACUUGAGGGUUAUAUUUUUAGCACCCACCUUCUUUUUAGCAAUUGUCAGCUGCUAUAAAUUGCUUUUGGUGUUUUGUCUUAACGCUGUAACCCACCCUGCAACCUUGGGGUGUAAAGGUAAAGGUAAAGGUACCCCUGCCCAUACGGGCCAGUCUUGACAGACUCUAGGGUUGUGCGCUCAUCUCACUCUAGAGGCCGGGAGCCGGCGCCGUCCGCAGACACUUCCGGGUCACGUGGCCAGUGUGACAUAGCUGCUCUGGCGACCUGCAACCUUGGGGUGAUGGGCAGAUGAUGAUGAUGAUGAUGAUAAUAAUAAUGAUAAUAAUAAUAAUAAUAAUAAUAAUAAUAUAGUGGAAUGGCUGUAUGGAUCUUCCAGGAGCAGAGGCAGUGUACCUCUAAAUGCCAGCUGCUUGGGGUGCUUCCCAGAGGCAUCUUAUUGGCCAACUACAGGAAACAGGAAGCUGGGCUAGGUGGGUCAUUGGUCCAGUCCAGCAGGGCACUCAUUUGUUUUUUUCUGCCAUGUUUAAAAUGUCCCCUUUGUUGUGGCAGGUGAAGAUUGGGUGAGUGCCACUGAGACGGAGACACCCCAGUCAGAAGGAUUUUAUCAAGCCUACCCAAACGGGACUCCGAACGGAAGGAGAGAAGAAAGCAAGGCUUCCUGUUUUCGUGAGCAGGAAGAGCACCACCCUGAGAGGAAAGAGGAAAAUGGCCCACCAGAGAGAGCAGAAACAUGUGUGAUUUGGGAGGGCGAUGAACCCCUUGAGGGAAGCAGGGAAGCACAGGGGAUCCACAUGCCAAAGAAGAAGAAGGGCAUGUUCAAGGUUGAUGGAUGGCGCUUCAGGCAGAGGACAGACCCUAUUAAACGUGAGAGAACCAACACAGUGGAGCAGCCCUACAAAUGCUCUGAUGGUGGGAAAAGCUUCAAGGUGAUCUCUCACUGCAUUUCUCGCAAAAGAAGACAUGGGGAAAGGAAGCAACACAGGUGCCCGGACUGUGGGAAAUCCUUCAUUGCCAAAGCACACCUUAGCAUUCAUCAGAGAACCCACACUGGAGAGAAGCCAUUCAAGUGCCUGGCCUGUGGGAAGACUUUUGCCCAGAGUUCCAACCUCAGUGUCCAUCAGAGAAUCCACACAGGAGUGAAGCCGUUCCAGUGCUCUGACUGUGGGAAAAACUUCUGUUCCAGCGCCAACCUUACCAAACACCAGAGCACCCAUGUGAAGGGGGCCCCAUAUAAAUGUUUAGUGUGUGGGAAGAGCUUCAAGGUGCACGCUCACUUUAUCACCCACAAAAGCAUCCACGCAGGAAGGAAAUCGCACACAUGCUCAGACUGUGGGAAGAACUUCCUUGCUGCAUCACACCUCAUAAUUCAUCGGCGAGUUCAUACUGGAGAGAGACCCUAUAAAUGUGUGGAAUGUGGGAAAGCCUUUAUUCAGAAGGCUCACCUUAAGGUCCACCAACGAACGCACAAAAGAGGAAAAUCGUUCCAGUGUUCUGAGUGUGGAGAAAACUUCAGUUCCAGGAUCAGCCUUAUCCAACAUCAAAUAAUCCACCCUGGAGUGAGCCCCUAUAAAUGCUAUGAAUGUGGGAAAACCUUCAGGGUGAAUUCCCACCUUAUUGCUCACAAGAGGAACCACGCAGCCAAGAAACCCCAUAAGUGUUCAUACUGUGGGAAAUCCUUCUUUACCAAAUCGUACUUUAUCAUCCAUCAGAGAAUCCACACAGGAGAGAGACCGUUCAAAUGCUUGGCCUGCGGGAAAGGUUUUAGCCAGAUUUCGCACCUUAAUGUUCAUAAACGAACCCACAUUGGGGUGAAGACAUUCCAGUGCUCUGACUGUGGGAAAAGUUUCAGUUCGAGCUCAAACCUUAUUAAGCAUCAGAGCAUCCACACAAGAGGAAACCUCUAUAUAUGCUCUGACUGUGGGAAAAGCUUCAAAGGCCAUUCCCACCUUAUUGCUCACAAGAGAAUCCACACAGCCAAGAAGACCCACAAGUGUUCGUACUGCGGGAAGUCCUUCUUUGGCAAAUCGUACCUCAUGACCCACCAGAGAAUCCACACGGGAGAGAGGCCAUACAAAUGUUUGGCCUGUGGGAAAAGCUUCACGCAGAGCUCCCACCUUACCGCUCAUCAAAGGACUCACAAAGGAAAAAAGUCAUUAUGUUGCUCAGACUGUGGGAAAAGCUUCAGGGUCAGCUCUCACCUUAUUGCACACAAGAGGAUUCAUGAGGCAAAGAAAGCCCAUAAGUGCUCCUACUGCAGCAAAUCCUUCAUUUUCAAGUCCUACCUUAUCAUACACGAGAGAAUGCACACAGGAGAGAGACCCUACAAAUGUUUGGUUUGUGGCAAAAGCUUCAGUCAGAAUUCACACCUUACUGUUCAUCAGAGAACUCAUGUGGGGAAGAAACCAUCCAGGAAAGGCUUUAGGGUGAGCUCUCAGCUUAUUGCCCAUAAGAGAAUCCGCACAACAAAGAAGCUGAACAACAACAACAACAACAACAACAACAACAACAACGGGAAUAGUACUAAGUGUUUGGAUUGUGGGAAAUCUUUCAUAUCCAAAUCAUAUCUGAUCAUCCAUCAGAGAAUACACACAGGAGAGAGACCCUAUAAGUGCACGGUCUGUGGGAAAUGUUUCAGCCAGAGCUCUCAUCUGACAGUCCACCAGAGAACCCACAAGGGAGAGAAGUUGUUCCCGUGUUCAGACUGUGAGGAAAAAUUCAGUUCCAGGAUGAAGCUUCUUAAGCAUCAGAGAAUCCACAUGAAGGGGAAUCCAUUUAAAUGCUUGGACUGUGGGAAAUCUUUUGUCACCAAAUCACAGCUUGUGGUACACCAGAGAAGCCACACUGGGGAGAGGCCGUAUAAAUGUUUGGACUGUGGGAAAGGGUUCAGCCAGAGCUCGAAUCUCAUUAGGCACCAGAGGAUUCAUUCGGGGGAGAACCCCUAUAAAUGCUCAGACUGUGGGAAAAGCUUCUGUUCAGGUGAGAACCUUAUUAAGCAUCAGAGAAUCCACACUUAAGGAAGCAAGAUCCUGAACUAUGUGCCCAUACACUUCGAGAAGGCCAUAAAAGUAUAUGGACUUAAACAACAGUGGAUUUUAUUAGUCAGUAGGUGGUGGCGAGGAAAAUAUUUUUUGCAAAACACCAUGCUGCAGACAGCGUUUUUGGUCGUUACUCAAAAAUUUGCUGUUCACCAGUGAAGCCAUGGAGGAAUCAGCUGAGGUAAAUGCUUUAGACAAAGGGAAGCAUCCCUUGUGAGCUCAGAUCUUUCCGCCGAAAAGGCGGAACUUGAAUCUGCAUCAGGUUUUGAACUCAGGACACAUGGGAUGCAAGGGUGAUUCGACAGCUGCAUCAUCACCCUCUUCUGGCCAAAAUAGGGCAUUUUAAGGAAAACUGCCCGAACUUGUAAGGAUGAGCAACAGUGAGCCAAGUGGUGGUGUUUCUAGACAACUUUAAAGAUUCCAGGUCACCCUCAGUAAGUUGCUUUCCUUGUGACAGAUUGCCUUGGCUCAUCUUUUGCACCCUCCUUCAUCAACCUAACAGGAGCAGAGUCAGAAUCCUAGACUGGGUGGAGUAGAGUGGGGUCUUAUUGAAGCUGCCUUUCAGAUUAUUUGUCCAUCCAGCCCUUUAUUUUCUGUUCUGAUUGGCUGCAGCAUUCCAAGAUCUCGGGAGGAUAAAGACUUUCCCAUCGCUUACGAACAGAAGAACCUAAGAAUAGCAACUUGCUACUUGAGGCCAUUUUUUAAAACAAAACAAAACAAUGAAUUGAUCCUGGAGCCAUACAAAGCCAGGUUCUGCUCCUGAGCUCCGGAAAAUCUUCUACAGCUACUGAAAUUUUUACAUACGGAACAGUGGUGCAAGAGAAAGACACUGCUUAGGUUUUAAAAUAUAUCUGUGUCAGAAAAUUCACAUGGGAAAGAAGCCAUAGAAACACUCAGAUUCAUAGCUGUCAACUUUUCCCUUUUCUUGCGAGGAAUCCUAUUUGGAAUAAGGGAAUUUCCCUUAAAAAACGGGAAAUGUUUACAGCUAUGCUCAGAUUGCCGCUGAAACUCUUAGUUUGAGUAAACCUUGGAGUAAACCCUGGAGUCUGUGCAGGACAGAAUGUUUUUAUGUUGUAUGAGGAACCAGACACCUCUUUAAAAGGAGAGAGAGAGAAAUCCAGGCUGCUGACCAAUUUAGGGCUUUUAACCUUUUUUUUUUUUACGAUUUUUCAUUUUUCGAUAUUUUAUGGGUCUGUUGGCAGAGCAGACUUUCCGUUAUCCCAAGGAACAACCAAGUGAUCCCUCUCUGGCUGUGCAACUUGCUGCCAGGAACAAGUCCCAAGUUACUUCCUUCCAAAUGAUUGUGAGAACGAUGUGGGGAGACCUGUUUGUGUUAUGGGGGGGUGCUUGGUUUUCUGUUCCCACAGCUGAUGAUGGGAAAUCCUGUCUUUCUCAGUCUUUCGCACCAUGGCUGGCAGCCACCGUCCAAUCUCCUGCACAUAUUUGCCCCAAGGCUAGCAGAGGUUGCCCUGCAAAGAAAAGUGGACUAACCUCACUUGCUGUGAAUGUGUGCGUCCAGAAUUGCUCAGCUCCCAGCCUCUGUGGUGUGCACGUUCCUUCACAGAGCACAGUGCAUAGACAACAGGAUGCAUCAAAUGCCUGUACUUGAGCCUUGGUGCGGGGGGGAACCCAAACUGUUUCUGCUUCUGCGGCAACGCCUGUUCAGGGUCUGCUGUGAUUACAUUUAAGGUCCAAGUUUUGCGCUUUUCAACUAUGGCUGCGCUGUUCGGGGGUGUGGUGUGGGAGACGACGGCCAUGCUGGGGUGUGAUGUCACAUAGAAUCAGAGAAUCGGAAGGGACUCCAUGGGUCAUAUAGUCCAACCCCCUGCAAUGCAGGAAUCUCGGCGAAAGCAUUCAUGACAGAUGGCCAUCCAACCUCUGCUUAGAAAGCUCCAAGGAAGGAGAGUCUGCCACCUCUCAUACAUGUCUGUUCCACAGCUCUUACUGUCAGAAAGUUUUUCUGAAUGCUUAGGAGGAAUCUCCUUUCUUGUAACUUGAAGCCAUUGGUUUUGAGUGCUCCCCUCUAGAGCAGAAGAAAACAAGCAUGCUCCUUCUUCCAUGUGUCAGCCCUUAAGUUAUUUGAAGAUGGCUAUCAUAUCUCAUCUCAGUCUCCUCUUUUCCAGGCUAAACAUACCCAGCUCCUUCAAGUGAUUCUCAUAAGGCUUAGUUUCCAGACCCUUGAUCAUCUUGGUUGCCCUCCUCUGUACACAUUCCAGUUUGUCAACAUCCUUCUAAAAUUGUGGCGCCCAGAAUUGGACACAGGACUCCAGGUGUUGUCUGACCAAGGCAAAAUAGAGAAUAUUACUUCCCUUGAUCUGGACACUAGACUUCUGUUGAUGCAGCCUAGAAUAGCAUUAGCCUUUUUUUGCUGUUGCAUCACACUGUUGGCUCAUGUUCAGCUUGUGGUCCACCAAGACCCCUUCAACGUUGCUCUUUCUCCCCCAUAUCAUUUUUCAGAAAAGGGACAAAUUGACACAUCAGGGUGUGAGGUCAUAUCAGCACCGUCCAGUCAGGAGCUAGUAAUCACAUAUGAUGUCACAUGAGCACUGCCAGUCAGGAGCAAACCCACCCCCUCCUCCAUAGCAGAACAUAAUAAAAGAACAGCCUUGUUUUGUUGUUGGCGUGUCCCUUUGCGGGUAAAGUUCAAACCUUUGGAGAGUUACAGCACCUGUGGGAGAGACAUGUUUUAUUACCCGUUGGGCAGGGGAAAGUUAGGCUGAUGUAGGUGUACCAUGGCGUUUCACUGGCUACAGAAUUGCUUCUUUUCAGCAAACGAUGAGUUUCCAGCAGUGUUUGCAGACCUCAAUGUUGCCCAGGUUGUACAUUCUGCAAAUGCUCCAUGGGGGGCAGAAAACAAAUAAAUCUUUGUGUGGAAAUAUCUUUUUAUUCCUGCCUCAUUUCAAAUAAACACUUUCUUACAGGAUGAUAUUUUGCCCGGCUCAGGAAGAGGCAAAAGAGCCCAGAGCUCUUCACUUUGACCAGCUCGUUUAUCUGAGCACCUUCACAAGCAGAGGCAGAUUUAGGGGAGUGCGACUGGUUCGCCCGCACUGGGUGCUGAGCUGGGAGGGCGCUGCACACCCCCCCCCCAACAAUGACUUAUAAGGCAAGAGGCACCAAAUUUUGGUAUCGCCCAGGG